AUGAGCGAUCACCAAGACGAUCUCCUCCUUAACAGCGGCUCUGGAAAUCCAGCGGGUUUCGAACGCAUCUACGAAUGUCAAUACUGUCCUAAAUCAUUCAAAUCGACAGGAACCACUAUUGUUCGUCCGAGAAUCGAACCCAAACCAACAGAAUUCGUGUGCCCUGUAGAGUUUUGUGAUCAGAAAUUCGAUAAUUUUAUUGAGCUGAAGAAUCAUUUGGACGAGCUACACGGAAUGUCGUAUAGAAUCUCAUCGAAAUGCAAAAUGUGUCAUUUGAAGUACGAAAAAUCGUAUUUGAUGAUUUGUCAUUUUCUCAUAGAACAUAAAAAUGUUUCUGGCACCGAGAUUGCAGAGCAAGAAAUUCCAGAACAAAAGCCAUCACUCGAAGACAUCAAAUUAGAAAUUCCAGAUUCUCCUAUUGACCUUGAAACGAAGUGUCCCCAGUGUGAAAUCGAUUUCAACGAUGUCAAAAUGUACCUGAUCCAUAAAACGACUCAUUCUCAAUUCCACCCCUUCGAAUGUGCAUUUUGUGGUCAAGAGAGCGGAAAUAAGUACGAUUUUAUGUCGCAUUUCUACAGUAAUCAUUCGAUUUAA